CCCCAGCAGGACCACCUGCCCAGAAGCUCAGCUCUUCCUGUCUUUCCUGAGAGACACUGUGAGGUGUACAUCUCCCUGAGUUCUGAACUGAGCUGCUCAUCGACAGAAUCCAACGCGAUGAAAUUUCUCCCAGUCUGCCUCAUGUACCUGCUGCUCACCUGGCUGGCCCCGCCCACGGCCGAAUGCCGGCUCCAUGACCGGUCCAUGGAGAUCAGGAAUCCUGACAUUGACCCUUCCUGGUACACGGGUCGAGGAAUCAGACCUGUGGGCCGCUUUGGCCGAAGAAGGGCAACCGUGGAGGGCUAUCAGAGGUCAGCCUAUAGACAGCAUCAAAGCUGCUUCCCUGUGGAGGAGAGUAAUGAGUCUGCCCAAGAUGACUAA